AUGCUCCCCGCCGUCGCCCGCCUGUCUGUCCGCUCGCGCGCCCUCCCCGGCGUGGCCAGCCGUGCCUUUGCCACCGCCUCCUCUGCUGACGCCUCGACCGAGCACGGCGUCAAGAAGUUCGGUGUUGUCGGCGCCGGCCAGAUGGGUAUCGGCAUCGCCCAGGUGGCUACCUCUGUGGUCGGCCUGCCCGUGGUCCUGGUCGACACCAGCGCCGAGCGCCUCGAGAAGCAGAUCGCCUUCAUGGGCAGCGUCCUGGCCAAGGACGUGGCCAAGGGCCGCAUGACUGAGGAGCAGCGUGCCGCCGCCCUGGACCGCAUUGUCCCGGCCACCAGCCUCUCGGCCCUGGCCGAGUGCGACUUCGUGGUGGAGGCCGUGUCCGAGGACCCGGCCAUCAAGCUGGAGCUCUUCCGCCAGCUGGAUGGCGUGCUGGCCGCCCCGGCCCCCGGCGCGGUUGGCCCGAUCCUGGCCUCCAACACUUCGUCCAUCCCGCUGACGCGCAUUGCCGGCUCGGUCUCCGCGGCCCGCGCCACCAGCGUCAUCGGCAUGCACUUCAUGAACCCGGUCCCGGUGAUGGAGCUUGUCGAGGUGAUCCCCGCCCUGCAGACCGCCGAUGAGGUCCUCCUCCGCACUGAGGCCCUGGCCCGGGCCAUGGGCAAGACCACCGCCCGGUCGGCCGACGCCCCGGGGUUCAUCGCCAACCGCCUGCUCAUGCCGAUGCUCAACGAGGCCAUCAUGUGCCUCGGCGAGGGGAUCGCCACCCCGGAGGACAUCGACACCGUCAUGCGCCUCGGCAUGCGCCACCCGAUGGGGCCGCUCAAGCUGGCGGACUUCAUCGGCCUGGACACCUGCCUGGCCAUCAUGCGCGUGCUCUACAACGAGUUCGGUGACCCGAAGUUCCGCCCUGCCCCGCUGCUGGUCCGCUAUGUCGAGGCUGGCUGGCUCGGCAAGAAGGCCGGCCGUGGCUUCUACCAGUAUUAA